UAAGAAUUAGUACUGCCAAAGAAGCCAACACAGGGUUUUCAGGAUGUCUUUACUACGUCAAUUGAUGCAUUUCAUUUUAUUUGCUUCUGUGUCUGGCGAAUGUGUGACUCAACUGUUCAAAGACACCGGCUUUCAAGGCGGGGACAUCACUACUGUCUUUGCACCAAGCACCAAGCACUGCCAGCUACUCUGCACCCAGCACCCGCGGUGUUUGCUCUUCACUUUCAUGGCUGAGUCAUCAUCUGCAGACUCUACAAAAUGGUUCAGCUGUAUCCUGAAAGACAGUGCUACUGAAACAUUGCCAAAGGUGAAUAUGUCAGGAGCCACUUCUGGAUAUUCUUUCAAACAAUGCUCACAUCAAAUAAGUGUUUGCAACAAAGAUAUUUAUGUGGAUCUAGACAUGAAGGGCAUGAACUAUAAUGGCUCUAUUUCCCAAUCUGUUCACGAAUGUCAAGAGAGAUGCACAAAUGACAUUCACUGCCACUUCUUCACAUAUGCCACCAGGAGCUUUCCCAGUGUGCAGCAUCGCAACACUUGUCUGUUAAAGUACUCCCCAACGGGAACACCAACCAGCAUAAGGAAGAAUAACGGAGUGGUAUCUGGAUUUCCAUUGAAAUCCUGUGGGCUUUCCAAUCUGGCCUGUAUCAGGGACCUUUUCCCCAGAACGGGCUUUGCGGAUAGAAACAUUGACAGAGUCUUGGCUCCAGAUGUUUUCGUGUGCCGUCACAUUUGCACCCAUCAUCCCAAUUGCUUAUUUUUCACCUUCCUUUCCCAAGAAUGGCCAAAAGAAUCUGAAAGAAAUCUUUGUCUUCUGAAAUCAUCGCAAAGUGGACUACCAACUGCUCCCUAUCAGAAGGACAAUGCGUUUUCUGGUUUCAGUCUUCAAAACUGCCGGCACAGCGUCCCAGUGUUGUGCCAUUCUUCAUUUUACCAUGACACGGACUUCUUGGGAGAAGAGCUGGACAUUGUGGAUGUGGAAGGACAUGAAGCCUGUCAGAAAAUGUGCACCGAUACUGUCCGCUGCCAGUUUUUUACCUAUUCCUCACCUCAAGAACCUUGCAACAGAGGAAAGGGUCAGUGUUACUUAAAACUGUCUUUGAAUGGAUCCCCAACUAAAAUACUUCAUGGAAGAGGAGGCAUUUCUGGAUACACAUUAAGGUUAUGUAAAAUGGAUAAUGUGUGCGCGACCAAAAUCAACCCCAGAAUUGUGGGCGGAACCGCCUCUGUUUCCGGUGAGUGGCCGUGGCAGACAACUUUGCACAGCACAUACCCCACGCAGAGACACCUGUGUGGAGGCUCCAUCAUUGGGAACCAGUGGAUCUUAACAGCUGCUCAUUGUUUUGACAAGUUAGAUUCACCUAAAAUGUUGCGGGUCUAUAGUGGCAUUUUAAAUCAAACCGAAAUAAAGGAGGAUACACCUUUCUUUGGGGUUCAACAAAUAAUAUUUCAUGACAAAUACAAAACAGCAGAAAGUGGGUAUGAUAUUGCCUUGUUGAAACUUGAAACGACAAUGAAUUAUACUGAUGAUCAACGACCUAUAUGCCUACCUUCAAAGAGUGACAGAAAUGUGGUAUACACUGAUUGCUGGGUGACUGGAUGGGGUUACAGAAAAUUAAGAGACCAAAUACAGAAUACUCUCCAGAAAGUCAAAGUUCCCUUGGUAACAAAUGAAAAAUGCCAGAAAAGCUACCAACGGCACAAAAUAACCAAUAAGAUGCUCUGUGCUGGCUAUGAAGAAGGAGGGAGAGAUGCCUGUAAGGGAGAUUCUGGGGGUCCCCUGUCCUGUAAAUACAAGGAGGUCUGGUAUUUGGCGGGUAUCACAAGCUGGGAAGGGUGUGCUCAAAGGGGGCGGCCGGGCGUUUACACCAACGUGAUUGAGUAUGUAGACUGGAUCUUAGAGAAAACGAAAGCCAUGUGAGCAGCUCCCAGAGGCCUGGGCUGCAUGAAGACCGUGGCUUGAUUUCGCUCAACGAGGAGGAAGCGUGCCCGCGUUCUGUUUCACAGACAACAUCAUCAACAGGACAGUCCCAAAUCAGGAGGGACUUGACAUUUGUGAGGCACGUUAGAAUGAAAGAAAGCUGUCGUUUUCAAAAUUCCCAUUCUGUGUUAAUCGGAGUUUGUUUUCAGAAUCUAAACUCCCGCUUUUUUAUUAUACUUUGAAUGAGCCAAGUAAACAGCACAUAAUCAUAGGAGAUUAUGUAUUUGAAGUUAACAUAUAACCAGCUAUAUCAGAAAAUAAUCGAAUUGCGGUGGCAGAGGCAGACUUACUUUUUUAAUUCGCACAAUAAAAAGAUUUGUUAAAUAGAA